AUGUCGAUGGCCAAGCUUGUGGCGCCGAUUCUGUCGCGGCUCACGGGCACGUCGCGGUCGAUUGCGCUGAGCAACUACCACGUUGUGCUCAUCCACGACAAGCACUGGAUCUCCAAGGACGAAUCCCCGGACGACGCGCUCUUUCACUCGAUCGGGCUCUUCAACACCGCGCUCGAGGUGCUUGCGCAAGCGUGCGCGCUCGGCGACAAGCCCUGCAUGCACGAAAUUGCCGUCUUUUUGCUCGAGUGGUAUCGAUCCGGGUAUCUCCGGCUCCCAAAGACCGUCUACUUGCACGUGCUUUCAACGCUGACAGCGACGGCCGACCGGAAGCGAUCGGCCGACGCGAUCCAUACCAUCCAUAAACUGUGCACCGGUCGCGUCCUCCCGCUGCAGCUCUGGCUCAAGAACGCGUCGUACCUCAACAAUUUUGUGACCGCGCUUAGUCAUCCGAGCCCGACGACGGUCUACAAGCUGCCGAGCGACACACAAAGACGAGCCUCUUUUUGCUCUUGA